GGUCCACGAGACAAGACGGCAGGCAAGUGGAAGGGGAUCGAUGAAUCUUUCUGGUACCGCGUCGUCGUCCUACACCACGAUCGGAAAACGACGACAAGCGAGCAGAGAGGGACGGGUGGGAGGGCGAGAGUGCGGGAGGGAGAGCAGAGAGUAAGAAGGAAGCCAUCGCGCGGAUGCUGCGCGAAGGGUCGGUCAGAGUCGGCGGCAAAGGUUCCCGAAGGGUCCAGGACAGCAGGAACAACGCGAGCAGACGACAUGAGGCGCAGCAUCUUCCUGAACCGCUCCCCCCGCCGAAGAACGAUGACGAUGAUGAUGAUGAUGAUCCGGGUCCGAGCCGGGGUUCCGCGGAGGCGCUGAUCAUCGGAGCGGCCUCCGAGGGGAAACCAUGGGUUCGGCCUCCUGGACUGCUGUGGUGCGUCGACGAUGUGGGCCCUGGUCGGUCCCCGUGGUGGUGUCGUUGAUGGUGUGGUGCUCCUGCUGCUGCCUCGAGUCUCAGGCCCUGGGUUCCGACAAUGUGGCCAAACGCAAACCUGGCAGGGGCCGAGGCUCUAGAUGGGGCAUAGGCGCCGGAGACCUGCAGAGCAACGCGGUGCUGGGCAACGCCGUGGGCAACGCAAUCACGGGCAACGAGCUCCAGCUGAGUGUGCCACUCCGCCGCAAGCAGCGGGGGCUGGUCCGGGCCAACCCCGGUUCCCUGCAGGCCAUCGGGAGAGGCAUGCGCUUGGCCAUCUCCGAGUGCAAGCACCAGUUCAGGGACCGCCGGUGGAACUGCCCGACGCCAGAGUACAUGCGCGGGAAGUCGCUCUUCGGCAAGAUCGUCCACAGAGGUUGCCGCGAGACUGCGUUCGUGUACGCCAUCACGAGCGCGGGGGUGGCGCACGCGGUUUCGCGGGCAUGCAGCGAGGGCGCCAUCGACACGUGCACGUGCGACUACCGACAGCGCGGGCCGUCGGGCCUCGACUGGGAGUGGGGAGGCUGCUCGGACAACGUCCACUUCGGCUACAAGUUCGCCAGGGCCUUCGUGGACGCCGCCGAGAGGGGCCGAGACCUGCGCUUCGUCAUCAACCUCCACAACAACGAGGCGGGGCGCCUGCAGGUGACCACGGAAACGAGGAGGGAGUGCAAGUGCCACGGCAUGUCCGGUAGCUGCACCGUCAAGACAUGCUGGAUGCGCUUGCCUUCCUUCCGGGACGUGGGCAACCAGCUCAAGGAACGCUUCGAUGGCGCCUCCAAGGUCCUGGUCAGCAACCAGGGCAACUUCAGAGGCUUCCGGAGCAGGCGGCGCAAGGGACACGCCAGGUCCUUCCAGCUGAAGCCCCUCUAUCCGGACCACAAGCCGCCGACCAGGAAAGACCUGGUCUACUUCGAGAACUCACCGGACUUCUGCGUACCCAACUCGCGGCUGGGAGUCCAGGGCACGCGGGGACGCCAUUGCAACGAGUCGUCUCCGGGCGUGGACGGCUGCGAGUCAAUGUGCUGCGGCCGGGGACAUCGCACCGAGGUCCGCGAGGACCUCGAGAGGUGCGCCUGUACGUUUCAUUGGUGUUGCCAGGUCAAGUGUAAAGUGUGCAAGAUCCGGCGUACUGUGCACACCUGUCUCUGAAAGAAGUCUUGGGGUGUCGCGCGCUCUUCGGACGUGUGUGUGUGCGUGUGUGUGUGCGUGUGUGGACGGAAGUAGGGACACUAACUGGUCGAGAUGAUCUCUUGAUGAGUGCUUCCCGCACACACAGUGUGUGGUAGCGCGGCAAGUCAGCGGUGGCAUUGGUCCAGUUUGGGGGACCAUCCGGGAUUCAACGGCCCAAGCGACGUGCCCGGUUCUGAGUCUGGGAUGUUCCAACCUCGGUGACUUUGACGUCAUAAAAGAUCCGGCCGAGUCGGCAGCUUUAGUGGAAAAAGACGGCGCGGGAACGUUGAGGUUUGCUUGUGCAUUCGGCGACGAGGAAAACGCAUUAAGACAACUUGUGAUAUUGGAACUUCAAUAUUUAGGGCUUGCGAACCGCAGUUGCCUGAACGACCAAACUGUGCGUGGAGCGUGCUUCAAAGGCGAGGCGUGUUUCGGCCUUUCCGACGACAGAGUGCCUUUUGCUAGGUGAGAAAAGAGUACAGUUUGAAUGGAAAGAGAAUCUUAUACGCUCGAAAGCCACCAACGCUUCGAGCCACCAACGCGGGACGUUACAGUUCCUAAAGCAUGCGCACGCGCAUACACAUUGUUGCUGACGUAUACGUUUGCAGAACGCGGUAUGCAGACAAACGUGGAGCCAAAAAAAAAAACCGAAUGACGUCUUCGUUUUAUUACGAACUGUGUGUGCGCGUGGUUGCAAUAUCACUUUCUUAGUGCUCUUUUGGACUUCUCGCGUAGAACAUUGAAUUGAGCUUGCACCCGUGUAUUGUCUAUUUGUGCCUGAACAAAGUGGGGGUCAGUUUCACGCUAGACAGCCGGCAAGCUACUAUGCUGCCCGACUGGCAAACGUUUUCGUUUUAGGCAAAAGCUAAGCCAAGACUAGCCAUCGCUUCGCAAUACUCGGACGCAUGUUAACUUAUUAUGGAUACUUUCUGUACAGCUUCCUGUGUGUUUUGGCAAUGCUUUCACUUUUUUUUUUUUUUGUUGCCCUAAACUUGAUUUUGAGUCGUGGUGCUUUGUAGGGCUGUGUCCUCGCAAAGCCUAUAGAAAGUAUUCUGUCGGUAGAACAAAAAUCGCGACACCUGUUUAUUUUUGUAGUUGGUAUUCCGACCUCAUUUCUCUCACAGCUUUUAUCUGUAACUACUACGACGAGGACGUGAGGUCACCACAACAACGAGUAGGAAAUAAUACUUCCUAGUCUACACGUUACUGCGUUUGAUUCUGUAGAUAACAAUUACACACCUUUCCGGUCACCCGUCAUUACUUUUUUAUCAAUGUUACCACAUCACCUCGUGCGUUUUGUUAUAAAACAGACAACGACUGUUGAAGAUGUUAACAGAAAACAAAAAUUAGGAGCCUAAAAUGUUAUUAGGAACUGGAUAUGCAUAGAGCUCGAGUAAUUUUCAACUUUCGCGCAUAACAUAAGCACCAUGCAGCAUUGUUUCCAAUUCCCAGAGUAAAUUUUUUCGAACGAAAAUGAUUUAUUUUGCGCGUAUUAUGUAUUUACAAAUUCCAUACCCACUGAAAUGUGUGAUUCCGUAUUGCGUUGAGUCAUGUUAAUGUCAUGAAAACAACGUGAAGUACAAUGACGAACAGCUUAAGAAAUAGAGGGCGCGGUUCACGCUUUUAUUGCUUCGUGAUUGGCUGCUUUCGACAUUCUUAUCAACCAAUCUCACAGUCUCAUUGGCUAGGGAGCGUCAAUAAACCGCUAAGAACUCGCCAGGUUCUGCGUUUCUUGACGUGUCAAUAACUAUAUUAACUUUUUUUAUAUAGAUACGCGAAUUUAUUAUUUUCUAAGAACUUUUAAAAAGUAAAAAAACCUAGUUUUUUUAUUUUUAAGACGAUGGGAUGCUUUUGCAGACGCCUAUUAAGCAUCACUUUGUUAUAAAUUCACGACGAUCAACAAUGUUUACCCGUGAGACAUAGGGAAAUGAGCGAGUCCAUUAGCGCUGGCGCGCCAAAUGCGGCCAGACUUAUAUUAACUAGAACGCCCACUAUUUCCACUCAAUGUGCGUGUGAAAAGUGAAAAAAAAGAGAAGAAAGUAUUGCCAUUAAACAAAUGAAAUGUAUCAUCUCUCGCUUCCAAAGCACCAUUACGAACAUCGUUUAAGUUAUUUUGUUUCAUGUCGAACGAGCAAGUGCCAUGUGCGACAUUGUACAUCUCGACUGUCUGCAUUUUGUUCAAUGUUUUGUUUGCAAAUGUGAACAUCCUGAAUCGCUGUCAUAAUCUUCUUUUAAAUUUAUGUAGCGAAUGAUCAAAAAUUGAAAUGCGUGCUGUGAAAGUCACUUUCGUUGUGUGUUUGUUUAGAGUAAUCUAGCUUUUGGUGGUUUUUAUUUUUUUUUUAACCAUAGCCGGACCUGGAUUAUCAAGCUUGUGGCAUGCCAAUGUUGUUUGUAUUGUUUCCUUAGUGAGCAUUUCAACUCUUGCGUUAUAAAUAGUCUAGUAACAUCCCAGAAUAUUUUAUAGGAAGCACGCCUGGAAUAGGGUAGAUUCAGCUUGACGUUAGGCGGAAUUUGAACACUUCCUACACUUCAACAAUGAACAACAACGCACUUCGACAUUUUUUUUAAAUUUUUUAUCGUGUUUUACGUUUCAGCGGGUGCUUAUUGUAUUUGUUCAGGAAAAACAAAUUCACAUAGAUGCAACCUUCGCAAUCAUUAUUCGGAAACUCCCAUCGUGUGUUCGUUGUAUAUGCUGGAAAAGAAACAUUAAUAAAUAAGUAUUUAUUGCUCUUUUA